AUGAUCCCAAAGACAACUCGACAUGCUUUCAGUCCGAGCAUCGACCAGAGAUUCAAGGAAACAAUUGAUAUUGCUCGAAAAGGCCUUGGAAUCGAGAUAUUAAAAGGAAGAAAAGGAUGGGUGAUCUGGAUGAUAUUCGUCGGUUUUUUCUGCGGAUCGCUCACAGCCCUGAUACUCGCUUUUAUCUGUAUCCAUCCCAAUCGCCGAACUUAUUACGCAGACUGGUAUCGUGGUAUGUACAAACGAUAUGGUGUCGAUCCAUCGAACGUGAUGUCAGGUGGAAUCACGGGAAGUAUGUUUACCACCGGGACAAGUGUAGUUGCUCCUCAUUCGACUAUCGGACCGACAACACUGGGAGAUACCACGGGAGAUCCAAAGAAAUAUGAUACGUCAAGGGGAACAUACACUUAUGACACUGCAGGAUCACGUGGGAGUACAAGUGGCGCUAGCAGCAGUAGUGGUGGUAGUACUAGUAGCCCUAGUGGCACUUACGGCAGUAGUCGUUCUACUAAACAUACCAGUGGUCGUUCGACUAAACACACCCGUGGCACCACUAAACAUGGCACGUCGAGGUCAUCAUCCAGGUCCAAAGGCUCGGCUUUCGACAGUUAUGUGGUUGCCUUGUAA